AUGAGUAUCGCUAACCCUACCGUCGAUCCUGUGCAUGUUGUGCAAGCUCUGGUGGACACACUCUUGGAUGUAUUCGACGCUACAAGAGAUCUGUACGAAACCCUCACAGUCAAGGAGCAAAGGGACUAUGAACAGAAUCUACGCAGCAAAGGCUACCCUGCCUCCAGGAGGAUCGAGUACGUGAAAGACGAACGCCUUGGUAGCGACGAAGCAAUCGUUACGGACAAAGCGGUAGUCACACGGCAGUUUGAUAUUGGGUACCAGACCAUUGGGGUUGAGUUUGCUGAGGGUGAUGUGAUUGCGCAUACAGCUCUCCAGUCACAAAUCAUCACUCUUCAGAGUGUGUUGGUGACGACAUUCCUCUACGGACCUACCUCCGGUGAGCCUAUCGCAAACCAGCUGGCCAGCAUCAACACAGCGUCAAGAGUAGCUGCUGCGACGUGUGUCGAGAUACUGGCUGCUUUACAAGAACGCCAACAAGAUGAACGACCACUCACACCACGGUCGAUGCAUUCAUUCACGGCGCGCUCAAGUCCAAACAAUGCGCCAUCCCACGUCUCUUCUCACCAUACGUCUUAUGUACCAUCGCACGCUCCCUCCCACCAUACCUCCCGUGCCCCAUCUCAGGCACCAUCCCACCAUAACUCUCAAGCACUAUCUCGAGCACCAUCCAACGCAACUUCUCGCACGCGAUCUCGGGCGAAAUCUCUGACAGCAUCCCACGCGCCCUCUCAUGCGCCGUCUUAUGCACCUUCACAUGUGCAAUCCCAUGCACCAUCUCCUCUGGUGAAGCAUGAACCACGGUCCCGCAGUUCACAUAUGCGAAGCAGCAGCCCUGUCAACACGACGGUACUCACAUGGCGUGACAACAUCGAACCAGAACCCUCUAUCACUGACGCUACCUCGAUGACAGGACCCACCCUGGCGUCCAGGUCUAACAACCUAUACUGCGUGUACGCCUACGACCUCCAGCGAUCUCCCACCCAACAACUAUCAUCUAGCAUAACAUCAGACAGGGAUCCAUAUUGUCCGCACUGCAAGGGCGCACUUCACCUCUCACCAGGGAAAGCAUGGGAGAUAUCCAAAUGGGCUGGUGACACGGAGCGAACCUUCCAAGUCCAAAACCGUUUUGUCGUCAAGUGCCACCGUGAUGGUCCUGAUGGCCAAUACUGCUGCGUCAUAUGCUCCAAGUACGCUGAAUCAGACACCGUCUGCGGCGAUGUCAAAGCUCUCAUUAAACAUCUCUCAGAUGACCACGACGUUCGUGAGCUCAAGCAUGAAGAAGAUAUCGUGGAAGUCAUCGAGCAGCCGGGGAGUCGCAGGGAUAGCGGACUUGGCUUUGCUUCUUCAAAGGGCAGCAGGAGGAGUGCUAGUUUGGCAUCGGGGAGGAGGAGGAAGAGCUUGCCCGCGUACGAUCGCGAAGUUGACGUCUUUGAUGUGAGGUCCUCAAGGAGGUAG